UGGAUUCUCUAGUUGGUUAUGGAAGCGACGACGAGGGAGAAACUGGUCGCUACGGAAGUCAUCUGCUAUGGGGAGGCGGGGCGGCCGCGGGCGGCGAGCGGCGCCGCGAGGACGACACCAACUACGACGACGUCAACAUGGACAUGAGCGAGGUGAGUAGCGCGGCCGCCGGCCCGUAGUGAGCUCGACCUUGACAUGUAGCGGCACUGCCCUCCUCACAGCAAAGGGCUGUCACUUUCGUGUUGUCAGAUAAACUAUUUUGACAUGUGAGUUGAGCUGGAAUGUAAUACAAUGCGUAGCUCUUUGUAUCUGCUGUUUAUGUUCUAGUAAAAAAGAAACCAUAAUAUUGGAAUGAAAUGAAAAGUCGCAAUCACCUUUUCCUUUGCCAUCUGUAUGAACCAGUAUAAUAUUUAUUGAACAAUACAUACAUUGAACAUUGAACUUGAUAGCCUGUUCUCUCUGUUCAUGAGCAAUGUAUGUUGUCUAGUACCAACCUCACAACUCUAGUGCAGCUCUACUGCUGCAAACAGUUCUGUCGGCAGACUCCCAACAUUGUCAAGUAGCCAUUCACAAACAUGUGUUACUUUGAGGUCUGCUUAUGAAACUGAGUUAGGACUGCUGAUAAGAAAAUUAUUUUCUUUUAUGACUUACAUAAAAAAUCAAAAUAGCUUACCUGACAAUAUUAACGAGUAAAAUUGUAAAAGUAAAUCUUUGUGACAUGGGUAUGUAACUUGACAUUACUUUAACUAUUGUUCGGCUCACUAGGAUCUCUUCUAGUUCCAUACUUGUUUGAUUGUAGUAUCCUAUUUUCAUUAUAAGUAUUUAACUCCGGGACUUUGUAUUAUCUAUUAUUUAAAUAUUAAAAAAGAUCUAUCAGAGUAAAUUCAUUUAAAAUAAUUAAAAUUAAAACAGCAAUCUGUUUUCAACAAUGAUAUUAACACUUUUAUUAUUUUAUAUGUUACCCAUUUGUAAAUUGACACAAUACAAAAGUCAAAUUCUGCGGUGGGCUCGCGCCGUGCGUCCGCGAGGCGUCCGUUACUGCAAGCAUGAGUCCGGCGAGUCGGAGCCCGAGCUGCCGCCCGCCGCGCCCGCGCCGCCGCCCGCGCGCGCCCGCGCCGCCCAUAGUCGCGAACGCGAUCGCUCCCGCUCAGCGGAAAGUCGCGAUCGGCGACGGGACAAGGAUCGCGACCGCUCUCGCUCGCGCUCGUCACGCGAUCGGCGCUCGCCACGCCGCGACGAACGCCGCGACGAUCGCAGUCGUGACGAACGUAGCGGUGAAGAACGUAGUCGCGAUGAACGUAACCGCGAGGAACGAAAUCGCGACGAGCGCAAUCGCGACGAUCGCAGUCGCGACGAUCGCAGUCGCGACGAGCGCAAUCGCGACGAUCGCAGUCGCGACGAGCGCAAUCGCGACGAGCGUAGCCGUGAUGAACGCAGCCGCGAUGAACGAAGUCGCGCGCCGCGCCGCGGACUGCUGGGUGACCGCCCCGACGACAGGGGCGCGCUGGGAGCGGCCGCGCGCGCGCACGACGCGCGGGACGCCGUGUCGCCGCGGUUCGUGGAGCAGCGCCGCGACAGGGACAGGGACGCGCGCGCCGCCAAACGCGACGACGACAGGCGGUCGGCGCACGAGCGCGCGCGCGGCGCCGCCGGCCCGCCCCCCGCGCCGCACCACGCGCACCACGCGCCCGCCGAGCCCGCGCCGGGCGCCGACUACCGGCCCUCGUCCUACAAGGUGAACAAGAAGCUGGAGGUCAUGGAGAAGAUGGGGCUGCAGAUCAAGACGCCCGACGGGUCCAUGGCCACGGCGCGGCAGCUGCGCGCGGCCACGGCGCCGGCGGGCGCGCAGGCGGCCUACGCGCUGCAGUCGCACCGCGCGCUGGACCAGGUGCAGAAGCGCAAGCUGCUGUGGGCGGGCCGCGGCGCGGACGCGGAGGCGGAGGCGGCGCGCUGGAGCGGCGCGCGCUUCGCGCAGGACUCGGCCGGCAAGCAGGUGUCCAAGUUCAUGCGCCUCAUGGGCAUCAAGGACCCCGCGGCGGUGAGGGCGGAGGCGCCGGACGCGGCGCAGGACCCCAACAGGAAGCAGGAGGAGCUGUUCCAGGCCAUGCAGGCGCAGUACGACGUGGCGCGCGCCACCACGCACACCAUGCGCGGCGUGGGGCUCGGCUUCCAGCGCGGCAACUUCUAGCUCCGCGCCUCGCCGUAGCGUGCGCCGAAUAUGCGACUGUCUUGGACACUACAGAAGUGAUCACUUCGACUAAUUGCUUUAAUUAAUUCAAUCUUAUUAAUUAUUGAAUUUAAUUAAGAAUCCUCUAUUGUAGGAGAGGUGUCAUGGACAUUACGACAGCAACGACAUAUAAACUUUUAAUAAUAGUGGCACCAUCAGUCUGAAGUUUGCUUUAUCAAGUGCAAGUCAAAGUGCCAACUUCGGCUGUAACGCAAUACGUUACGCAGCGGUCAGCCCUCCCAUAAGAAGUUUAACUUCACUUCAAUAAUUACAUAUAGAAUGUAAUGCAAAACUGCAUUUGUAGUUCAAAAUUCAUUUAUUUCAAGUAGGCUUAGUUUGCAAGCACUUUUAAGACAUCAAGUUUGAGUAUUUGUAAAGACUAGCACCGGUUCUGCUGAGAAGAGCCGACAAGAAACUCGACAGUUUACUCUUUUUAAAAGAAAUCGUACAAUAUUACAGUAAUUGACAACUGUUAACAUCAUUAUUUUUUUUUUACUUUUCCUUCCUUUUUACUUUUACACGUGAUGGUGUGAAGGUAGAAGCUGAUCCAAUGGCAUCCAAGCAUCUUUAUCAUUAAGGAACUUAUCAUUUGUGUAGUAACCCCGACUAAGUAAAUGUUUUAACACAUUGCUUUAACUUAUGCAUUGGCAGGUCCAGAACUGUAAUUGGGGAUCUUGUUAUAGAGGACACCCAGGGCCGGCCCGUCCAUACGGCGAACGGAGCAGUCGCUCCAGGCGCCAAAUCCUAGAGAGCUCCUAAAUGAUAAUCCUAGUCAACUGUAAACGGUACUGCGCCUGAUUUUCAAUUUGUCACUCCAGAGUAUGGUUAAGAGCUUCGCGUUCCACUCAUAACUUGGUAUAGGUAUCUGCAUAUUAUUAGGAGCAAACAGGAGAGGCGCCAUAAUUGGAUAUCGCUCCAUUUUAAAAUUUACUUCGGGCCGGCGCUGAGUACACCCAACCCUAUGAAAGACUUUUUUACUCUUUAAAGAUGAUAAGCGGAUAUAGGUAACUUAUUGCCCAUGUCUAGCAAGUUUAACAGGUGAUAUGUCUAUUGUAUAUGCUACUAGUACACUAUUAUAUAGUAUUCUUGCAACACUAUGUCAAUAUAAACCUUGUAACUCUGCAGAACUCGAGCCUGAGUCUAGCUUGUGGAAGACUAAUGUAACAUUAAAUAUACAUAGUUAAAGAUUGUAGGUAAAUAGUAGAGACUGCAUCCAUGGUACCAUUCAUAUAUGAUGUUUCCUAAAGGGGUAAUGAUUGUAUGUCCUCUACAGGAACACUGCUGCUUAUUCAAUAGCUGCUUAUUCAAUACUCAUUGAAUAAGCAGCAGCAGCAGACAAUGUAUGCUUCGUGUGAUACGCGAGAGUGGUGACUGGUGAACGUUGCCGUGCUUCAGUCAGCACAGUGUCGAGAGCAAGCCUGUUGUGUCAGAGACAUCAGACAAUGUUUGCUUCGAGUGAUACGCGAGAGUGGUGAACGUUGCCGUGCUUCAGUCAGCACAGUGUCGAGAGCAAGCCUGUUGUGUCAGAGACAUCAGACAAUGUUUGCUUCGAGUGAUACGCGAGAGUGGUGAACGUUGCCGUGCUUCAGUCAGCACAGUGUCGAGAGCAAGCCUGUUGUGUCAGAGACAUCAGACAAUGUAUGCUUCGUGUGAUACGCGAGAGUGGUGAACGUUGCCGUGCUUCAGUCAGCACAGUGUCGAGAGCAAGCCUGUUGUGUCAGAGACAUCAGACAAUGUAUGCUUCGUGUGAUACGCGAGAGUGGUGACUGGUGAACGUUGCCGUGCUUCAGUCAGCACAGUGUCGAGAGCAAGCCUGUUGUGUCAGAGACAUCAGACAAUGUAUGCUUCGUGUGAUACGCGAGAGUGGUGAACGUUGCCGUGCUUCAGUCAGCACAGUGUGGAGAGCAAGCCUGUUGUGUCAGAGACAUCAGACAAUGUAUGCUUUGAGUGAUACGCGAGAGUGGUGAACGUUGCCGUGCUUCAGUCAGCACAGUGUCGAGAGCAAGCCUGUUGUGUCAGAGACAUCAGACAAUGUAUGCUUCGUGUGAUACGCGAGAGUGGUGACUGGUGAACGUUGCCGUGCUUCAGUCAGCACAGUGUCGAGAGCAAGCCUGUUGUGUCAGAGACAUCAGACAAUGUAUGCUUCGUGUGAUACGCGAGAGUGGUGAACGUUGCCGUGCUUCAGUCAGCACAGUGUGGAGAGCAAGCCUGUUGUGUCAGAGACAUCAGACAAUGUAUGCUUUGAGUGAUACGCGAGAGUGGUGAACGUUGCCGUGCUUCAGUCAGCACAGUGUCGAGAGCAAGCCUGUUGUGUCAGAGACAUCAGACAAUGUAUGCUUCGUGUGAUACGCGAGAGUGGUGAACGUUGCCGUGCUUCAGUCAGCACAGUGUCGAGAGCAAGCCUGUUGUGUCAGAGACAUCAGACAAUGUUUGCUUCGAGUGAUACGCGAGAGUGGUGAACGUUGCCGUGCUUCAGUCAGCACAGUGUCGAGAGCAAGCCUGUUGUGUCAGAGACAUCAGACAAUGUAUGCUUCGUGUGAUACGCGAGAGUGGUGAACGUUGCCGUGCUUCAGUCAGCACAGUGUCGAGAGCAAGCCUGUUGUGUCAGAGACAUCAGACAAUGUAUGCUUCGUGUGAUACGCGAGAGUGGUGACUGGUGAACGUUGCCGUGCUUUAGUCAGCACAGUGUCGAGAGCAAGCCUGUUGUGUCAGAGACAUCAGACAAUGUAUGCUUCGUGUGAUACGCGAGAGUGGUGAACGUUGCCGUGCUUCAGUCAGCACAGUGUGGAGAGCAAGCCUGUUGUGUCAGAGACAUCAGACAAUGUAUGCUUUGAGUGAUACGCGAGAGUGGUGAACGUUGCCGUGCUUCAGUCAGCACAGUGUCGAGAGCAAGCCUGUUGUGUCAGAGACAUCAGACAAUGUAUGCUUCGUGUGAUACGCGAGAGUGGUGACUGGUGAACGUUGCCGUGCUUCAGUCAGCACAGUGUCGAGAGCAAGCCUGUUGUGUCAGAGACAUCAGACAAUGUAUGCUUCGUGUGAUACGCGAGAGUGGUGAACGUUGCCGUGCUUCAGUCAGCACAGUGUGGAGAGCAAGCCUGUUGUGUCAGAGACAUCAGACAAUGUAUGCUUUGAGUGAUACGCGAGAGUGGUGAACGUUGCCGUGCUUCAGUCAGCACAGUGUCGAGAGCAAGCCUGUUGUGUCAGAGACAUCAGACAAUGUAUGCUUCGUGUGAUACGCGAGAGUGGUGAACGUUGCCGUGCUUCAGUCAGCACAGUGUCGAGAGCAAGCCUGUUGUGUCAGAGACAUCAGACAAUGUUUGCUUCGUGUGAUACGCGAGAGUGGUGAACGUUGCCGUGCUUCAGUCAGCACAGUGUCGAGAGCAAGCCUGUUGUGUCAGAGACAUCAGACAAUGUAUGCUUCGUGUGAUACGCGAGAGUGGUGAACGUUGCCGUGCUUCAGUCAGCACAUUGUUAUUUCCUAUAGUUAGUAAGAGUGACUCGUGUAUCUUAAUUAGCAACAAUCACUACUUUUGCACUGUAUAAAUAAUAUAAAAAUUAAAUAUUAUUAAAACAU